AUGGCUGCUGCCAUUGAAUCCACAAGCUUUGAGGAGGAACAGCUUUCUAACAAGAGAGAAACUAUGACGUGGAAGCCCAGAAAAGGUAAGCCUAAAAUAUUAGGGCAAAACAAAGCAGAAGAACAUUUACUGAAGAGUAUUCCAAAUGUUCUUGAUAAUGAGUCUGAACAAAGUGGAUUAUCUGAUACCUCUCACAAUGAGAAUGAUGUCAGUGGCUCUCCUGUUGACUAUGCUCAUACCCACUCUGACCUCGAAGACUUGGGCAGUGAAGACUCCAGUAUGCCCGAGGCUGUAACUUUUCCAGAGAUGCAAACUGCUUCUGUGUAUGAGGCGGAGGACUGGGAUAAAGAAUUGGAGGACUCUGAAUGUGAUCCUUAUGAUGCUGCUGAUCUCCACUGUGGAAGCUUUCAGGAAAAUAAUCUUUUGGUCUCAUACUCAUGGCAAGAGGAUUCAUUUUACAACCCAGGUUGUCACCAUGCAGCUUGCCUUGCUUUUACGCCACCAGUUAGAGUGACUGAGACUGGCCAGUUUGAUGAUGCUGAUGAAUGA